AUGGAGGAGAUAUAUGGAGAAUUAGUCCGCUGGGCGACAGACCGAGAUGUUGAGCUCAGUGGUAAUAAGCCUCAGACGAUUGGCACUGGGAUCUAUGCAACUCGCGAAAUCAAAGCCGGAGAGACCAUCCUAGUAGUUCCAACCCAGGCCCUCCGCACUCUGGACGAUGUACCGAGAGCCAUCUCGGAGAAUGUGCUUCGAAAUAUAUCCGUACAUUGUCUUCUGGCCGCGUACCUUUCCCUUGAGAAGACGAAGGAGUUCGCCGUCUGGAGCGCAGUUUUUCGGACCUUUCCGCCCUUCAGGGUCACCGCCGAGGUGCUUCUGAAGAAACAGCAGAAGAAUUUUCAGCAGGACCGGAGCAUAGUUUCAAAGGCAUAUCCGUACGUCAGCCAAGAGGAGUACUUGCACGCCUGGUUACUUGCCAAUACACGGUCGUUCUAUAGAUUAGCUUUGUUGCCAGUAGCUGAUUUGUUCAAUCAUGCAGACGUGGGUUGUGAAACGUUAUUUUCGCCACAAAGAUACAUCUUCACAGCAGGCCGCGUGUAUCGUGCGAGUGAGGAGGUCCAUGUCUGCUAUGGAGGCCAUUCCAACGACUUCCUCCUCACUGAAUAUGGAUUCUUACUCACGGAGAAUCGGUGGGAUGCAGUGUGCCUUGACGAUGUGGUUCUCCCAAACUUGAAUCAAGAGCAGAAGUAUACUCUCAAGAAAAGGGAGUUCCUAGGCCAGUAUAUGCUGGAUCCGGAGGGAGUAGGAUGCUUUAGGACGCAGGUGGCAUUGCGGAUGUUGGGUUGUGCGCAUGACCAGUGGAGACAGUUCGCGGAUGCUGAGGUGGACGAUCGAGCGUCUCAACGCGAGGCCAACGUCCUGCUGAUGCAGUUCUUGAACACGUUUACAAAGAUGAUUCAGCAGACGCUGGAGGACAUAAAGAACGUAAAUAUCGGGCAGACGAAUCAACCAGGACUUCUCACGUUGAGGUGGAAGCAGAUCGAAAAUACGGCCAAGCAGUCGAUCAAACGCCUGGGCGGUUGA